CGCCACUGUGCUUUCAAAGAUGGCAUCCGUGGCAGUCUCUCCCAUUCCUUCGUCGCUCUCCUCCCCAAAUAGACUCAGUGCAUCGUCGCCCGCAAUGUCGGUAGACGAGCUCGAGGGGGAACCUGCGGAGGAAACGAUUUACACUAUCAACCACCUCAUACAGGCUCGAGCCAAAGGACUUCAUGGAAACGAGCCUAUUGUCGCUUACCCAUCGUCGGGGACCGAGUACACAUACUACACUCCCAACCAGUUGAACACCUUCGUUGAAGCCGCGUCGGUGCACUAUGCAAAGGUCAUCCCACAGCGACGGUCCUCGGACGAUCCCGUACAGGUUGUAGGGUUGCUGGGUCCCUCCGACUUUGAGUACAUGAUUACAUUGCUGGCUAUUUCCCGUCUCGGUCACACAGUCCUCUUGCUAUCGACACGCAUUGCCGAAGAUGCCUACGUCAGUCUGAUCGAAAACACCAAGGCUGCCUUCCUCAUCACACAUCCCAGCUUCCAGGCAGUUGGGGAGAAGGUGGCUUCGCGGACGGCCAUCGUACAGCAGCCGGUAUUGACGAGUGAGAACUACAAUUCUCCCGGCGCAGACACCCUCUGCUUGCCACCAGCGCAGUUGGAUGGCAGCAUAGAGGCAAAGCAUAUCUGCUGGAUUAUCCACUCCAGUGGCUCUACUGGCCAUCCGAAGCCUAUCUAUCAGACGCACUCUGGAGCGUUGAAGAACUACGCCAACAACUUCGGCCUCCGGGGAUUCAUCACCCUGCCGCUCCCCGCAUCUGCUGGCAACUUCAAGGACCACCAAGAAAUCGAGAUCCUGUAUGCAGUACCUUAUGCACUGAAGCUAUUGUCCGAAUCCGACGAGGGUCUGCACAUGAUGGCCCGUUUGGAGCUGGUUAUGUUUGGAGGCUCGUCUUGCCCGAAACCCAUUGGAGAUAAGCUGGUGCAGAACGGAGUGCGUCUGGUCUCCCAUUACGGAACCACCGAGACCGGUCAACUGAUGACUUCGUUCCGCGAGAGGGAUGACCUGGACUGGGACUAUGUUCGCCCGGGUCCAUCCCUGCUGCCCUACUUGCGUUGGGAGGAACAGAUGUCGGGGAUUUACGAGCUGUGCGUCUUGGAAGGCUGGCCCUCCAAGGUCGCCAGCAACCGGCCCGACAACUCAUAUGCAACGAAGGAUCUCUUCGAGAAGCACCCGACUAAGCCCAACGCAUGGCGCUACUAUGCCCGCUUGGAUGACACCCUGGUUCUGGAGAAUGGCGAGAAGGCAAAUCCACUCAUCAUCGAGGGGGUGGCGCGCAACGACCCCAACGUGGCCGAAGCGAUCGUCUUUGGGGCCAACAAGCCUCGUCUCGGAUUGUUUCUCAUCCCAGCAACCAGUAGCCAGUGCCAGACAGAUGACCAGCUAAUUGAGGCGGUCUUCCCAGCCAUCGAGCGCUGCAAUGCGGAAUUGCCGGCGUAUGCCUACCUCUCCCGAGAUAUGAUUCAUGUGCUGCCGGCGGAUGCGCCCUAUCGCAAGACGGACAAGGGCACUGUUAUACGUGCCGCCUUUUAUCGCGAUUAUCAAGAACAAAUUGACCAAAUCUACGACGCGGAAGAUGCAAGUGGUGACCAGGUGCUUGAGGGGGCGGAGCUGGAAGCAUUCCUCCGCGAGCAGCUACUGGAGGUCGCGCCAAAUAUUGAUCCCUCUACCUUGGGUGUGACAACCGACAUCUUCAGCCUGGGCGUGGAUAGUCUGCAAUCGAUCCGUUUACGUACGACUCUACUCCGGACUUUAGACAUCGGAGGCCACAAACUCUCUGAAAACUUUGUUUUCGAGCACCCUUCGGUGCAGGCAAUGGCGGACGAGUUGACACGCCUGAGACUGGGACAAGCGCCGAAAGAGCAGCGACCGGUCGAAGAGCGGAUGGCGGACCUCAUUGAAAAGUACGGCAACCAAUUCAAGAGUCAUGUUGCAGUGCCUCGCGAAGAGCCUGGUGAGCAUGUCGUCGUGACAGGCGCUACUGGAUCUCUGGGGGCCCAUAUUGUUGCCCAGUUGGCCCAGAUGGAUCAUGUCAAGACCAUUUACUGCCUGGUCCGGGCAGGGUCCCGCGAAGCAGCUUUCCGUCGUGUUCGUCAAUCGCUGCGUGCUCGUGGCCUGUCGUCGAUUCUGUCACCAGCUACCGAGCACAAGAUCAUCUCUCUACCCGCUGACCUCGCCAAUCCAGUACGUUUAGGCCUGGACGAAGGCGUGUAUAACAGACUGGUACAGUCCGUUACAGCGGUGAUGCAUUGCGCCUGGUCAGUCAACUUCAACUGGGCGCUGGAGAGCUUCGAGUCCAGCUGCAUCGCUGGUACCCGCCAUCUUCUCGACCUCUGCCUGGACGUUCAUGGACCUCAACCAGCACGGUUUGCCUUCUGUUCGUCCGUAAGCACCGUCGCCCGGACGCCAGGCAAUUGGGUCCCGGAGGCGCUGCCAGACAGUCUAGCCUGCGCCCAGCGCAUGGGAUACGCGCAAUCCAAGCUGGUGACAGAGCACAUUGUGAACCGCGCCGCUCAUCAAGCAGGAAUCACCGCUCGGGUGUUGCGUGUGGGCCAGAUUAUCGCCGACAGCGUCCAUGGGAUCUGGAACGCUACCGAGGCCAUUCCUAUGAUGUUCCAGACAGCUGAAACCAUCCACGCCCUGCCGCAGCUUGAUGAUCUCCUCUCCUGGACGCCUGUGGAUGUCGUGGCGACCAGUGUGAUCGACCUGACCAUGGCAUCCAGGGCAGGCGAAGUGGUCAAUCUGACCAACCCACUGUUGAGCCACUGGACAAGAGACUUGCUUCCUCUACUCCGACAAGCUGGGCUAGAGUUUGAGGAGCUCUCUCGCCAUGAAUGGCUGCAGCGGUUACGCGAGUCUAACCAGGAUCCCAAUGUCAACCCGCCCAUCAAGCUGCUCGAAUUUUUCAACAGCAAUCGUGUGCUGCUGUACGAUACCAAGCAGGCCGCUGGCGGACUCACCCCCGAGUUGGUCAGCCGGUUCGUCCAAUACUUCCGCACUCACUGCUGGUCCACGUCUACGGGCGCAACCACCACCGCAGCACCAGCACGCGAAGUCAUCUUCCUCACCGGACCAUGCGGAUGCGGCAAAAGCACCGCUGCGCAGGCACUGGCACAGCGAUUCGAGAUCCCGGUGAUCGAAGGCGACAACCUGCAUUCGCCGGCCGCGCGGGAGAAGAUGGCUAAUGGGAUUCCGCUGGAGGAUCGCGACCGAUGGGACUGGUUGGCGCAUAUCCGAGGGGCAGUGAUGGAUCGACUGCAGCAAACCACUGCGCCGGCUUUUGCUCUGCGACGGCUGUCUCAGCUGUUGGACUUCCCUGUUACAACAUUGAAGGAGCAUCAUUAUAUGCGCUCAACAAUGGUGGAUUCCCAGCUGGAUAUUUUAGAGCAGCCAACGCUGUCGGAGGGCGAUGGUAAGGCACAGAUGCUGCAGCAGGUGGAGGAAACUGUACGGGGAUUGUUGAAGGCGUAG